GAAAAUAGGUAAUUUUGUAAUAUUUCCUUCAAGCUCCCAUUGAUAUGCAUUUUGUUUUAUCUCGUAUAUUCAAUCUAUUAUUUUCGACUCUUUGUAGCUUGCUGUCAAUUUAACCCGACAUGGGGUGAACGUGAAGCCAACAUGACUAAAGCUGAUCAACUACUUGCUGGCUAUCAAAAAGGUGAUAUUGAUAUCCUUGUCUUACCCGAGAUGGCGUUUACUGGUUAUGUUUUCAAGACAUGUCAGGAAAUUGAACCCUAUUUAGAGGAUGCAUCUAAUGGUCCAUCUGUUCUAUGGGCAAAACGACAAGCUAUAAGGUUAUCGUGUUAUGUAGUCGUAGCAUAUCCUGAAAGGUACGUUGAUGGUGAUAAUAUCAAAUUGUACAAUAGCCAAUGUUUUGUCAAUCGACAAGGUGAACUUAUCAAGACGUACCGCAAAUCAUUUUUGUAUGAAACAGAUGAACAUUGGGCAAGUGAAGGGCCUGGUUUUGAAACAAUAGAUAUCCCUGAACUAGGCAAGGUUGGACUAGCUAUUUGUAUGGAUAUUAAUCCUUAUCAAUUCAAGACUGAUUUUUAUGAUUUUGAAUUUGGUCAUUAUCACUCGGAAGCAAAAACAGAUAUCAUAUUAUGUAGUAUGGCAUGGCUAAAAAACGAUACCAAAGGGAACGACACAGUGAUGGAUACAAUUAACUACUGGGCACUACGUUUAUUACCAUUGAUGAGACAAUCAGUGGAAUCAGAUCAUCAACAUCAUACGUUAUUUGUGGCAUGUAAUCGCAUUGGAUCAGAGAGAGGAUCUACCUUUGCUGGUGGCAGUUCCAUACUGGAUUUAUCUCACUCGGACAAGGCUCAAUUACUUGGUCAUAUGGGAUGGAAUGAAGAAGGGGUGCUUCUCGUAGAAUCUUAGUAUCAUUAGGAUGAGAUGAGGAAGGGAUGAUAAUCUAUUAGUAGAAAUUUUUAGUUAUUAUAUCUUUUGAAUAAAACUAUUAUUUAUAGACAGGUCUUA